AUAAGCAGGUUUGUGUUGUAAAACAUAUAUUUAAUGUGUUUUACACUGUCAUCUGGUGGCAGUAUGAUGAACUACAUGGGUUGAAUCUUCAGUACUUUUUUAUAAAAUCUGAGUUCUGUUGCUCCAUUGAGAGUGUAUGCAAUUACCACUUUGAUGCUUAAAAAAGUUUAUGAACUAAUCUAUAUCGAUCCAUAUGUGGGUUGAGUCCAAAUUUUCUGAGGAGACUCGAUCGCUUUGUAUGAUGAACAGAUUAAAUUUUGGCUUUUAUUCACAUAUAACAUUAAUCAACACAUCAGUUGUGAUAAAAAAUGACAUUGUUAAUUAGUGACAGAAUUUUCAUUUUUGGGUGAAUUUACCAUUUUUCAAGUCAAUGGACUGAAAUUAUUUUGUAAAAUACACAUUGCAUUGACAAUGUUUUUAAGUUAAGUAUAUUUGCUUUAGAGUAAAUUUAAACUUUUAUAACUUUUGAAGUGAAUCAGCUGCAAUUAUCUCUGGGUCGCUUUAAAAAGAGACCAAUUUAGGUCUGAAUUCCAAAGCAUUCAUUAACUUUUUAAGAUCGAUGCUCAAAAAGGGGAGAGGUAGUUAACAGGUUAAAGUAAAAUAAAAUAAAACAACAUUAUAAUUCUUUAGUAGGCUACUCUGCAAGCGACAGAACUGAGCUCACUCACGCACGUCACGCUCUCUGCGUCACUGUUGAGCGCAAGGGAUUAUGGUUAGACAGCCGGAAGUAAGAUGGCGGAGGUGACAGACGAGGUGUUUACUCUCUGAUGGUUGGAAAGAGAAGAGUUUAACUUCAUCCUGAGGAGGGAUCAGACAGCAGCAUGGCAGAUGACAACGAGAAACCUGCUGUUGCUCCUCCAGUGUUUGUGUUUCAGAAGGAUAAAUCGCAAAAGAGGUCCGCUGACGGAUCCAGCACAGAGGAUGGAGAAGACUCUGAUAAAGAAGAUGGCAGAUACAGUCCUGCUGCCAAAAGAGGAAGAACAUCACCAUUUACACAAUUCCCACCAACUCAUUCCGUUUCUAAGAAUAAUGUUUUCAUGCCGUCCAGUUUCUGCCAGUCACCAACCGGAAACUCCGACUCAGAACCUGAAGAGAAGACUGUGGGGUUUCGCCUGAAACCCCCGACUCUGAUCCACGGUCAGGCACCGAGCACUGGUGUCCCUAGCCCCAAACCCAAAGAAGCCCAGCGCAGUAUUCUGCGACCUCCAGUGCUGCAGCCCCCUCUGGCCCGAACCCCACCUGAAAACAAAACGAGCAACAGCAGUUCAAACGGAGUGGAAAACCUCUCAGAUGGAGGAACAGAAUGUGAACGUAACUCAGAGAUGACUGCUGCUGGCUCACAGGAAAAUGACGUGGCAUUGGUACAGAACAACAGUACUUUGGGAGAAAAAACAGAUGACAAACCUGAAGGACACGAUUCCCCGGUUGAGGCCAGUUUUGUAUUUGGACAGAAUAUGAGGGACCGAGCAAAGGUGGGUAACUGCUGGGACUCUCAGAAUACCGAUCAUCUUCUGCCAGAAAAUUCAGAGGAAACUAAUUACUUUUUGCAGUGCACCACUUCUAGCACACAGAGACCUGACAACAGCAAUGCCAACAGUGUGAAGUUUGUCUUUGGGCAGAACAUGUUGGAUCGCGUCUUGGCGCUGCCGAAACCUGGCACAGAACUACCAGGGGGCAGCAGAGAGUUUCAGUCUGAGAUGGGCCUGUUCAGCCAGCUUUCAUCCUCACAAGAUCAAGCUGUGGAGAAGAGUGACAACAUGAAAGAGUCCCUGGAGGAGUCUGCGGCGCGACACGAAGCACACAAGUCUCAGAAGUGUUUAUUAGAGCGGGUGGAGGUCAGGACAGGAGAGGAGUCUGAGAGCAACGUUCUGCAGAUGCAGUGUAAGUUGUUUGUGUUUGAGAUGACGUCUCAGUCGUGGGUGGAGAGAGGGUGUGGAGUGCUCAGGCUUAAUGACAUGACAUCAGCGACAGCGGAUGACGGCACCUUACAAUCCAGACUGGUCAUGCGGACUCAAGGAAGUCUUCGAGUGAUUCUCAACACUAAGCUUUGGCCUCAGAUGCAGGUGGAUAAAGCCAGCGAGAAGAGUCUCAGAAUAACAGCCAUGGACACAGACGAGCAGGGCGUGAAAGUCUUCCUCAUAUCUUCCAGCUCUAAGGACGCUGCCCAGCUCUUUGCAGCCCUUCAUCAUCGUAUCCUGGCGCUGCGGAGCAUUGGGGGUCAGGAGUCUGACGGCCAGCCGGAUCUCCCAGCCGGAGAGGUCAUCCGCUUCAGCGACGACGACGAGUCCCGCACGCCCCCCAAAGCGGCUACGCCUGAUCCAGGUAACCCGGAGGCUGGUGUGUGUUCUUCCACAGGUGACACACAGUGCUGAGCCUGCUGCUGAUUUCUAUCCCACAAUGCCUCACUGCAGCCCUCUGAUCAGCUCAAAUACUAUGCAGGUGUUUUUCUCCAAACUCCUUCAGGUGUACUAUACUCAUGUGUUCAGCUGGUUUUAUUUAUUGCAUUUUUAACCGCAAAAAAAAAAA